UAGGGUUUUGAAAUGCAGGGAUGCGUGCUCAGCGAGGAGCAGCGAGCACGGAUUCUGGCCAGCCAUCGCGCUGCCAAGGCGCGGCUGGCUCGGAAAUCCGUCGGCGCAGGCGCUCCUUUGGACCAGAGGAAGAGCCCUGACAGGAAGAAGGUAUGCGGGGUGAGGCCGCCUCUCGCGGAUGUGGAUGUGAAUGCUGCUGUGGGUGGAGGGAAAGCAGAAGUAUCCACUGUUGGUCCCCGUACUUCAUUGGGGGCGUUUGAGGACUUCGACGAUUUUGAUGAGGACGCUUUCGAGGAGAUUGAUAGGCUUUGUAGCAAGAGGAAUGAAGACGCUCGCGAUGGAGGUUCUGCAGCGGACAUGCCAACGUAUCUCCGGAAGCUCAAUGUGUCCCAAAGGGAUGCAGCGCUGAGCAGCAUUGGUAAGCCACUUCUGAUUGUUGCCGGGCCGGGAAGUGGAAAGACCUCUACAAUGGUCGCACGUAUUCUGACAUUGUUAAACGAGGGGGUAGACUCCAAGAACAUUCUAGGAAUGACCUUCACGACAGCUGCUGCAACGGAGAUGAUGGACCGCGUCGCUGCUGUGGUGGGGAAGGAGGCGUCCAAGGAACUUAUGAUCUCGACGUUUCAUUCCUUUUGCUUGCAACUCUGUCGCUCUCAUGCGGAGAAGUUGAACAGGACGUCUGAGUUUCUAGUUUAUGGAGCUAGCCAGCAAAGGAAGGCCGUGAUUGAGGCAACACGGUUAGCUUUGGAAGCAACAGAAAGCUGUGACGCUCAGAAACCCGAAGUGUGGAGAGAACGGGCGAAAAAAUGGCAGCGGUUCGUAACGCAGGCAAAAGCUUCUGGACAGGAUUCUGAGCAGAUUGAGAAAUCAGGAAAUCAUCUUGGGGCGGAUAUUCUGAGGCAUUACGAAAGAAUACUGGCAUCCUGCAAUUCGCUGGACUACCAUGACUUCAUUGGAUUUGCUGUAAAGCUUUUAACUGAUCACCCUGAUGUGUCAGCGGAAUGUCACAACACUUGGGCAUAUGUACUCGUUGACGAGUUCCAAGAUACGAGUGUGAUGCAGUACAAGCUUUUGCGGCUUCUUUCUCUGCACGGGAGGGUCACUGUGGUUGGGGACGAUGAUCAAUCCAUUUUCAGCUUCAAUGGUGCCAACUCUCUCGGUUUUUCCACAUUCCGGAAUGACUUUCCAAACCACAAAGAGGUGAGACUACACCAAAAUUAUCGCUCCACUGGCUGUAUUGUAGAAGCAGCGAGAUGUGUCAUUCAAAAUAAUGAUUCAGGCUGCAGCGCUAAAGUUGUGCGAACGGAUAACGAUUUUGGAGAAAAGAUAGUUGUUAUGGAGUGCCGAAAUGAAGAAGCACAGUGCGCAUUUGUGGUCGAUGAAAUCCUGGAAAAGGCUUCAAUGGCCAGUGACAUCAAGCCGGUGUUUGCAAACUUUGCUAUACUCUACAGACGACAGGUCACAGGCAAAAUAUUUCAAUCUGCUUUCCGUAGUCGAAAGAUUCCGUUCAAUAUGCAUGGAGUAGCAGUCUACCGCAAGAAGGUUGUGAAAGACGUGAUUGCUUUAUUGUGGACAUCCUUAGGAAGAAGUGGGACCGUGUUUGAAAGAAGAGUAUUUAAGGCGUUAUAUGGUGGUGAUAAAACGGAAACAAAGAAGGCAGUGGAGUACGUGGAAAAGUACGGAAAAAAUGAAAAUUGUAGUUUUCUUGAAGCAGCAGAGAUUAUUUUUACGGCAAAAGUUUCGGGUACCUUUAGCAGGCGCCAACUUAGCCAAGGCCGGAAAGUACUGACUACCGUGGAGAUGGUGAAACGCUUGGCUGCCAAGGAACAAUCUUUGUCGAGCCUAGUGACCGCUGUAUUGAAUAUGCUACCUCAGAGACGCGCUUUUGAAUCUCGUGCAAUCGUGGAUGAAUCGGGGGGAAAGCUCUUGAACGAGGAUGAAGAUUGUCGGACUGUGUUGGACUAUCUUUUGGAUGAUGUUUCGGAAUUUCUGUGUAAGCAUAUUAGGCUUCAAGAGGAAGUGAAACCAAAUUCUCGGCAGCUGGGAUGCUCAGUGCUUCUUAAAGAUUUUCUGGACCAUAUAACUGUUCGAGAGACCGAGAACUUUCGAACUCGCCGAGAAGAAAAUCAUAAUUCAGUAACGUUGACAACAAUGCAUCAGUCGAAGGGACUGGAGUGGGACAGCGUCUUCAUUGUGAAGGCCAACGAGUUGGAAACGCCACUGCUUCACGAGUCUUCAUCUUUGGAGGUAUGGCUAUUUCUUCUAAGAAGUCUUUGUAGAUUAAUUGGCAUUCCGUUACAGGAAGAGAGGAGAUUGUUUUACGUUGCAAUGACUCGCGCAAGGAAGAAAUUGUAUAUAGUAUAUAUAGUGGUUAACCCACAAAGACAGAUCUUGCAGCCAUCGCGAUUCUUAAGUGAAUUGCCGCGACAGCAUUUGCAGUUCGAGGGGUUAUCUGACUGUCCUGGUAAAUUUAAGGUAUUGCAACCUCCAGGCUUAGUGUGUAACUCGUCUAGCAAGGAUGUUUUGGACGAGAACGCGUUAACGGAUUCGUCCGCGUUUUUGAGAAGUUUCAAUAUCGAAGCCAGGUCUACCAUCGCAUCUAUAUUUCAUCAAUGGGCUAAGAAGUCCGCUUUUCAAGAUCCAAAACGUCUGCUCAUGAAAGUUGGUUUGGCUAUAGACGAGCGGCUGCGAUCAAAAACUGCGAAGAAUAAGGAUACAUUGCACGCGUUGAAACGUUCAUUGACAGAUGAUGCAGCAUUUGCGUACGCCGACCAGAUUGUCAAGUGGGAAAAACUUCCUGCACAUGAGCGCUCAGUACACAUGGCUGAACGACAGGAGUACUUCCAGCAAAAAUGUUCUGAGCGUACAAUGGGCUCCGUUCCAGCAACAGCUAAACAGAUUGCGUUUCUUCGGAGCUUCGGUUGCACUGUGAAUCCAUCUUCACGUCUUCAUGCGUCGAAGUUGAUCGAGCAGUACAAGGCUUUGUGAUCAUCGAUCAGGGAAAGGGGUUUGCUGAAAUACAGAUCCUGCUGGUGUACUUGGAGUGGUCGGACCGAUGGUUAUUGGGGGAAUCUUCCGGAAAGGAAUGCUCGUAGGAAUGGGAACGCUUGGGAAAAAAUUGCUCGUAGGAAUGGGAACGCUUGGGAAAGAAAUGCUGGGAACGUUUGGGAAAGGAAUGGUGAAGGGAGUGGAAUAGUCUGGAACGGAAAUAGUGAAAAUGGGAAGGUUGGAAUUCCCGGAGAUGGAGAUGACGAAGUGGACGGGGAAAAGUUGCUGCAAGAACUGGGAGAAGACACGAGGAAGUGCUGAUUUGGAGGGAGAGGUUGACCUGGAGACCACCGCUUCCAGUGUUGGAAGCGCUCCAUGUAGACGAUGGUUCGGAAAGAGCAGUAGCAGUCGAGGGAAAACUGACGACGAAGGCGAAGAGAUUGAGGAUUGCGUCGGCUUGCUGCUGCCAGUGAUCGCCAUUGCAAUGCGGGAGCUUUGCUCGGUGAGGAAACAUGAAGGGCCCGACUCCAUAGACUUGCCGUCCAUCCGGCAACCAGUGAUUGAGUGGCCCCCUCACCACUCGACUCAUACAUGUUGGGAGCAUGCUAACCGAGUAGGCGAUCUGGAGCGGGAGCUCCACCGUGAAGGCUCCCGUUUUGUUGGGUGCUACUCGUCUCUCGGAGGAUGAUCCGGUCGCCAGCAUCGAAGCACUCGACAGCUGCGGUAACGUCUGCACAGAUCACACAAGAAAAAGAGGAGAUCGAGCAAAGCUCAGGAUGGGAAGAGGCAUCGAGUUGGCGGUGAUUCACAUCUCCCAGCAGGUGUCGCAGAUGGCGUGGCCAAGGACGAUCCUCGGCAGGAAAGUGGACGAGGGAGACAAUAGCUCGGCGAUGUAGGGGUCUCUCGCUGCGCUGGCCGCGAGGAGUCGUGGCGAGAGUAGCAUGGCGAGAAGGAGCAGCAUCGCCAUUCUUUUUGGACAUUUGGACAGGAAGAGGAGGAUUUAUAAGAUUCGCCAAGUGGAAGGGAGAAAGAAUCAGUGAGGAAACGGUCACAAGAGCUUUUAUGGGUGAUGAUGCUUCUUGGUUCCGUGGAAAGGUGGCGGUGCUUGAGUGGAGUGAGAUCCAUGCGUUGGCGGAGCGCUUCCUGGUUUGCUGGAGCUUGGAUGUGGAGGGAAUGCUCCAGGAAAGGAUGGUGGAGAGUUUGCAAAUGGAGGAGGAGCCGCCUUGUUGGAGCCGUGUGGUGCUGGUUUCAGAGGAUAUCCAAAUCCCGGGUGUGGAGGAGGAGCCACUUUGAAGGCAGUCGAAUGAUCUACCGGUGGAAAUGCUCCAGGAACGAAUGGUGGGAAGUUCCAUCCAAGUCCUGGAAACGCAGAGUGUGGAGGAGGAGCUACUUUGCUGGCAGUCGAGUGAUCUACUGGAGGAAACGCUCCAGGAAAGAAAGGCGGAAAGCUUCCAAAUCCUGGGAACGCAGGGUGUGGAGGAGGAGCGACUUUGUUGGCAGUCGGAGGAAUGGCUCCAGGAAAGAAUGGUGGGAAGUUUCCAAAUCCUGGAAAAGCAGGGUGUGGAGGGGGAGCCGCGCUCGAGCCCUGAUCAUCGGCUACUGCUGGUUUUGAAUGGCGGAAAGGAUUCUCGUUGCAGGAUGGAAGAGGUUCCGGCGGCUGGAAGAAGAAAGGCCCAGCGCUGUAGAAGGGCCAUGGACGGGCAAUUUUGAGCGACGACUGAAAUGCCGGCAUCGAUGGUGGCGAUGGCGGGCUCCAAGGCUGGAACUGGAACUUGACGGGAGUGUUGCAAGUGCCGAGAUCGCCCUCGACUCUGGAGAAAUCGCUGGCCACCUUGACAGAGCAAGACGCCAGCUUCGCCGGGGAGCUGGCCACCUCCGCCGGGAGGGCGAUGGUGAAGACGCCAAACUCGGAGGUGGUGUUGGAUGCCUGGAAGUCGCCGCACUGGAUGAUCGCGGUCACGUCUUUGGUGAUCAAGCAAGAGCGUUAGAGCAAAUCUAGUUCCAAACUUCUUGGAAGAACACAUUAGAUAACUUACUUGGAAUGGCGAUGGUUGUGAACGAGAAGGUCUUGUCCAUA